GGGAGGUGAGGGGAGCCCCAGGGUGGCAGCCAGCCAGGCUGAGCUCCCCACUCACUUCCCCCCCCGGCCGGCAGCGGAGGCGGUGGGUGGAUGCAGCGGCUGGGGCACGGCGCGGAGCUCGGACUGGGCAGCCGCUGGGAUCGCUGAGCCCCGCUCCAGGCGGCCGAGAACAGCACCAGGCACUGUCUGUAAAGAAAAAUAAACCAACUCCAAUCAACAUAAGCCUCUCAGCCAGAAGAAGAGGGUUUUACCAUAUUUAGAUGGCAAGAGGAUCUGCCAGAGGCUAGGGUUGUGGGGCACAGUCAUGCAUUUACAAAGACUCCUUCUGACUGUUGCAGUCACCCACUACUUCUGCACAGCACGGGGGGAUGGACUCUCGUCUCUCCAAAUUGCCUGAGAGUCCAGAGUUUUAAAGGCAGCCCAGCCCCAGGAGCAGUGACAAUGAGAGACAGCAGUGACAUUGCUCCAUGUUUUCUACAGAUGUGAUGAAAAGGAAAAUCCAUCUAGUUAGCGACUGACCUUGUCUAUCAGUAAAAUUCCAUUUACAGGAUCUGUCAUGUCACCCUUUCUUCGGAUUGGCUUAUCAAACUAUGACAGCGGCCCCUACCUGCCAUCACAAGGGGAGGUGAUUAAUCCUUAUUGUGCGGUGAUGGUCAAAGAAGCAGAGGAAUCAGAGAAUGGCCAGGUGUACGUCCAAAAGAAGCCCACCAUGUACCCACCCUGGAACAGCACGUUUGAUGCCCAUAUCAACAAGGGUAGAGUCAUGCACAUUGUUGUGAAGGACAAAAGUGCGGAAAUGGUUUCAGAAACCACAGUCGAACUCAACGUACUGGCGGACAGAUGCAAGAAGACCAAUGGGAAGACAGAAAUAUGGCUAGACUUGAAACCUCAAGGGAGAAUGCUAAUGAAUGCAAGAUACUUCCUGGAAAUGAGUGAUGCUAGAGAGCUGAUUAACUUCGAGACAGAGGGGUUUUUCUCCUUGCAUCAGCGCCGGGGAGCCAUCAAGCAAGCCAAAAUUCACAACGUCAAAUGUCACGAGUUCACUGCUACCUUUUUCCCGCAACCUACAUUUUGCUCUGUCUGCCAUGAGUUCGUCUGGGGUCUUAACAAACAAGGCUACCAGUGCAGGCAAUGCAAUGCUGCCAUUCACAAGAAGUGUAUUGAUAAAGUGAUAGCUAAGUGCACAGGAUCAGCAAUCAAUAGCAGAGAAACAAUGUUCCACAAGGAGAGGUUUAAGAUAGACAUGCCUCACCGGUUUAAGGUCUACAACUACAAGAGCCCGACAUUCUGCGAGCACUGUGGCACGCUUCUUUGGGGCCUGGCGAGGCAAGGGUUAAAGUGUGACGCAUGUGGCAUGAACGUCCAUCACAAGUGCCAGACAAAAGUGGCAAACCUUUGUGGAGUUAACCAGAAACUAAUGGCUGAAGCACUGGCAAUGAUAGAGAGCACCCAGCAGGCUCGCUGUUUGCGUGACACUGAACAGAUCUUCAGAGAAGGACCUAUUGAAAUUGGCCUUCCUGUUCCUAUGAAAGAAGUAACUCUGCUUCAGUCUGUGCCAGCACCUGCAACUGGGAAAAGAGAGCCACAGGGAAUCUCCUGGGAGACGCCGGUGGAAGACGUGACAAGCCCCGAGUCUCUCAUAGAAUCAGAACCAGGGAAAGACCAGAAGUCUGAGCAGCUGAAAUUAACAAUCGACGAUUUUGUCUUACACAAAAUGUUGGGAAAGGGAAGCUUUGGCAAGGUCUUCCUUGCUGAGUUAAAGAACACGGAUCAGUUUUUCGCUGUGAAGGCUCUGAAGAAGGAUGUGGUUUUGAUGGACGAUGACGUCGAAUGCACCAUGGUGGAAAAGAGAGUCCUCUCCUUAGCUUGGGAGCACCCGUUUCUAACCCAUGUGUAUUGUACAUUCCAAACCAAGGAAAACCUCUUUUUUGUGAUGGAAUAUCUAAAUGGAGGAGACCUAAUGUUUCAUAUCCAAAGCUGUCACAAGUUUGACACCGCCAGAGCAACGUUCUAUGCUGCUGAAAUCAUUUGUGGUCUGCAAUUUCUUCAUUCUAAGGGAAUAAUAUACAGAGAUUUGAAGCUGGAUAACGUUCUGUUAGACAAGGACGGGCAUAUCAAAAUCGCUGACUUUGGGAUGUGUAAGGAGAACAUGUUCGAAGAUGCAAAGACAAGCACUUUCUGUGGAACCCCUGAUUACAUUGCUCCCGAGAUUUUGCUGGGACAGAAAUACAACACUGCAGUUGACUGGUGGUCCUUUGGUGUCCUUCUGUAUGAGAUGCUGAUUGGCCAGUCUCCUUUCCAUGGCCAAGAUGAAGAGGAGCUUUUCCAGUCCAUCCGCAUGGAUAAUCCAUUCUACCCUCGCUGGCUCAAUAAGGAUGCAAAAGACAUCCUAGUGAAGCUUUUCGUGAGAGAACCUGAGAGGCGGCUCGGAGCAAAGGGGAACAUCCGCCAGCACGCCUUUUUCCAGGAGAUAAACUGGGAGGUUUUAGAAGAGCGGGAGAUGGAGCCACCAUUCAAACCCAGAGUGAAAUCCGCAAGUGACUGUAGCAACUUUGACAAGGAGUUUCUCAAUGAAAAACCUAGACUGUCGUGUGCAGACAGAGCACUGAUUAACAGCAUGGACCAGAACAUGUUCAGCAACUUUUCAUUUGUGAACCCUAAAAUGGAGAGGAUGUUAUCCUGAGAUCUGCCCUCCCCAGCACCUUCCUUGCUAAAGGAAUUCUGUGAAUUGAUUUGAGUAACACUUCUAUCAACUGAAAACCAAGAAUGGUUCAUUUGGACGAGGACCUGAACAGAAGUACUCACCAGUGAAAGCUGAUACUGUGUUUGUGGGUUUCCACCUGGUUGUAUCCUGUAGCAGAUGCCAAACGUAUUUCACUAAUGACCAACUCUCUUUCUGGUCUCUCUUGGUCUCACUCUCUUUUCUGGAUGCUCUUGAAUUUGAAGGCGAUAGAAAAGGAGUAGGUACAAAAUCCUGUUCACCUUAUUCACACACAUAGCCAGUGGGACUCUUCGUGUGAGUAAGACAACCGCAUUUCGGCCCUAGCGGUGCGUCUCAGAUUUGCUACUCCAGUGUCUAGUCCUGACGUUCUUAUUGAGGCAAAACUUCCAUUGAGUAAAGAGUUGUGUGUUCAAGAAUUGGACCUCUUAGAAGGCUACCUUUCCAGGUGGGUCUCUUUUCAGCCCCCACCUGUGCACCUGUAAAAUUGUAUGUCCACCAAUGUGCACUUGGCGAAGACAAACACCGGCCUGCACUCUUUAAAAACGCCUUUAUCUAUGCAAGAGUUAGAAUUUGCCCUCACAAAAAAGCCUUGAGACAGAUGGGCUUUGCGGGUGCAAAUUCCACCCCUUGCAUGCACAUAAAUGUUAGAUUUGCCUAGGUGUGCAGGCAGGGAUUUACACUUGUGCAGGCUGGGGACAUUUAGACGUGAUCUUCAAACCACAGACUAAAAAUCACGUUCUAGGUCAAUGCACUGAGGCUCAGCUCUGAGCUAUAUUCAUCGCACCUGCAUUGUAUGGGUAGGUCUGUGCUUCAAGCUGGGGGUGUGAUUCGCAGCUCGAGGAGACGUACCCACACUAGCUUUGCUUGAGCUAAUGCGCUAAUCUUAGAGCAUGUCUGCGGCGCCACAAGCAGCGCGAGGAUCAACUUCAUGCCUAGCAUCUCAGCCAUGUACAUACUCAGGUAGGCCACCCCUAGGGUGACCAGCUGUCCCGAUUUUAUAGGGACAGUCCCGAUUUUUGGGUCUUUUUCUUUUAUAGGAUCCUAUUACUCCCCACCCCCGUCCUGAUUUUUCAUACUUGCUGUCUGGUCACCCUAGCCACACACCCCCUCCCCAGUUGCUCACAGCACUGCAUCUACACUCUAUUUUUAGCCUGCCCGCUCCAUCAGAGCUAGUGUGGGCGUGUCUCCUUGCGCUGUGAAUCACACCCGCAGCUCCAAAGGUAGAUGUACCCUAUGGGUUUUUGUUCACACAGGCCUCUCUAAAUCAGGGCUUCUCAGGACAAAUUUUUUGGUGGCCUCAGCGUGCGGCCACCAACUCUUCCUAAAAUGCUUAAUUAGCUUUAAGAAAAACAAUUAAAUAUGCACGUAUGCAUGUCCAUGUCGUUAUAAUUUAUUUAUUGCUUGCGAGUGAGUCUGUUGUGAAAAGUGAUAUUAACCUACAAAUAUCACUUUUCACAGCAGACUUACUCAGCCCUGCCAAGCCUGGGGAGAAAUUAAGCCCUGGAUGAGGGGCGAGGGGAAGCGGGUAUAGAGCCUGAAGCCCCACCACCAGCCCACCACCCCAGGACUGAAGUCCAAAGCCUGAGUCCCACCACCCUUGGGAAGGUGGGGAACUCACCGGCUGCCUGCUCCUCCAGCAUUGUGCCCCAGGUGUCUCCAGAGCCCAACCCCUGUGGACAGCCCCAGCAACCAACACCAAGCUGGUGCAUCCAGGAGCAACAGGCAGAGGGAGGGGCUGUUACUGCCCCGCACACACACACAGAGAGCAAGCCCAGGGGCUGCAAGAAAAGCCCCUGGUGGUUGAGUUUGGGAAAUGCUGCUCUAAACUCCUGUCCUAGCAUUGGGAUAAAGUCUGGGCUGAGUUCUCUUCUUAGAAUACCAGGGUUGGAAGGGACCUCGGGAGGUCAUCUAGUCCAACUCCCUGCUCAAAGCAGGGCCAAUCCCUCAACAGAUUUUUGCCCCAGUUCCCUGAACAGCUCCCUCAGGGAUUGAGCUCACAACCCUGCGUUUAGCAGGCCAAUGCGCAAACCACUGAGCUAUCCCUCACUGCCUGCCUAAUAUCUGGUCAGGACUAUGGAGAGACUUUCCCCAAAACAUUAUUUCAGGAUUUCAAGAUUGGGCCUCCAGUCAUUGCCCUGCAGGUAUUAACUUGGCAGAUAAUAUUCAGUACUUUCAAAGACUGAACAACUUAAUACUGCUACAAAUGAUGCUGCCCCUGCUCUUUGGUAUUCAGCAGGGACCUGAAUCAAGGUACAAAACUGCACACAACACUCUAAAGAUGAGACAAUACAUUGCACGGUACGGCAAUUAUUUUCUCUCAACUGUUGACAACAAGUUGCUGACCUAUUAUGUUCCGUUUCGGGCAAAAAAAAUAUUGUAGCAGUAAUGAGAUUUUCGUGGAAAUCCUUUACAAUAAAUGUACGCUGUCUUCUGAGAUUCGCAAAACCUCCAUCCUAUUUAUUCAGUUGCCGUUCAAGAGAUAGAAAUGGAAAGAUCUAAUGCCUCUAAGCUACUGCUUUUCAUUGAUAGUCUUAUGGAAAUAUUUAGCCUGGUUAUCAUGUCAAAGCAGAAAUAAAGAGCCAGAUUCUCUGCUCUGUGUAGCUCUGUUGACUUCAGUGAAGCUAUGUUGGUUUAUUCCAGCUGAGGGUCUGUAUGAAUAUUGAGAGAUUUCCAAGGGUGGUGUAAUGUUAGUGACUCAUUACAAUUAAAACUGUCUUAGGCUUUCUACCUAUGUGGUGGAUAUCAGUGUCAGAGGCCACGGUCCCAUGUGAGGGAAUGGGCACUCAGCGUAAUACGGUGAUGGGCAGCAGUAUGAAAAUCUAAGCCAGAAAAGAAAACCACCGUGCAGUUAAAAUAAUAUCCCAGUAAUGUGAGUCUCCUGCCUCUUGAGAAGUCGCUGUUUGUGCUGUAUGAAAUGUGGGUGAAAUCUGUGCACACUUUUUGCCGCUAGUGAUCAUGUUUAAUUAGAACCGUUAACAUGAAUUUUUAAAAUGUCAGUGCUGUUUGUACAGUUUAAUAAAACGUUGGGUACGA